AGUCCGCUUUUGGCGUCAUAUAGGUGGCUGUGCAGUGAGUUCUAGUUUCACUGUUUCCAACCUCCGACCCUUCCUUGGGUGUAAACUUCCCCGGAUUUCAGUUCUUUCAGACUGGGUACUGCCAGGGCCCUAAAUGGCCAUUGAAAAGGAAAAAGGAACAGGCUGAGACAUCAGCCUACGUCCCUGCGCAUGUGCAGUGACCUGAGCGGAGAGUCCCGGGCGUGGCCUGAGCGUGGAGAUUUCGCGCGUGCGCUGGUCUCGCUCCGUGCGGCUGCAGCUGGGAGGCUACUGGAGUAUGUCGGCCCCGUUUGAGGAGCGCAGUGGGGUGGUUCCGUGCGGGACGCCGUGGGGCCAGUGGUACCAGACCUUGGAGGAGGUGUUCAUUGAAGUUCAGGUGCCGCCUGGCACUCGCGCCCAGGAUAUCCAGUGCGGCCUGCAGAGCCGGCAUGUGGCGCUGGCCGUGGGUGGCCGCGAGAUCCUCAAGGGCAAGCUCUUUGAUUCUACAAUAGCUGAUGAGGGAACAUGGACUUUGGAGGACAGAAAAAUGGUCCGUAUUGUUCUUACAAAGACAAAGAGAGAUGCGGCAAAUUGUUGGACUUCUCUUCUAGAAUCUGAAUAUGCAGCUGAUCCUUGGGUGCAAGACCAAAUGCAGAGAAAACUUACAUUAGAGAGAUUCCAGAAAGAAAAUCCUGGUUUUGACUUCAGUGGAGCAGAAAUCUCAGGAAACUACACUAAAGGUGGACCAGACUUCUCAAAUCUUGAGAAAUAACUACUACUUUUUUUUUUUUUUGCUACAUUCUGUGGAUCCCAGCAGAUGUUGCCAACUUAAAGGAACAGAUUAUGUGGUGGAAGGAAAAUGUGGAUACCUGCAGUUAACAAAUUGCAAAAUAUAUUUAACUGUGGUUCUAAAAAUUGCAUUCAAAUAUCAUUUACAUAGGAAACAUCUUAUAUACUGUGGAAACUAUUCUACUGAUAUAGAGUAACUUUUUUUUGGACUUGUUUUUUUGCUCAGCAUGAAGUUUUAUAUGCUGCAUUUUACUAAUUUCAGAUUUAACCUGUAUUUUUAAUACAAAAAACAUUAGGGUAUAGAUCAUGUGAAAUGACCGGUGCCUUCAGGGACAAUUAAAUUUUUCUUUCAAUAAGUGUAAUGCAGGAAUAAUGUUCAAUAAACUUUUCUAAAUAGGAAUCGUGUACCCCUUUCUGUAAGUAUGCCAGUACACACAAGGAAUUAUAUUACUGAAAAAAGUUUUGAGAGAGGAAAAAGUCCACAAAUACAUUAUACUGAGUAAGUUCAUUUUAAGAGUUAAUGAAAAUUUCUGAAGUAAUAUAUUAUUCCUUGGGAGAUGACUUUGUCAAGAAAUUGAAAAAUAGAGACUUAACAAUAGGAAUGGAUUAAUACAAAACAAGCAGUGACGUGAAUGUGAUCAUUGGGUGAGUCCUUUGUCAGUGACAAAAAGCAAAUAAUGGUUAAUGUUUAUAAGUCAGGGACAUAAUUUUGCUCUUCAGUGAUCUAGACAUAUAAGGAAGGAUUAUCUUAAAAUUUUAUUUCAUUCUUUUUAUGUCCUUUGGAAUUUUCAAAUAUCUCUCUACAUUUUUUAAAAAUUUAAUCUUUACACCCAGUGUGGGACUUGAACCCGCAACUCUGACAUCAAGAGUUGCACACCCCACCAACUGAGCCAGCCAGGUGCCCCUAAAAAUUAUUUUUAACAAUCCCAAAUGUAUAGCAAAGUUACAUGUAAAGUACAAAGAACUGUUUUCUUCCUGAACUGUUUGUAAGUUUAUGAUAUGACGCUGCAUCAUCUGUAAGUACCUUAGUGUGUAUUUCCUUCAAAGGACAUGCUCUUAUAUCACUACAAUACAACCAUAUGAUCAGGAAAUUAGCAUUGAUACGUUAUGACCAUCUAAUCCUCAGAUCUUUAUUGCAUUCAAGUUUAACUGAUUGUCCCAAUAAUGUUCUGUAUAGCAAAAGGAUCCAGUCACAAUCAUGCCUUCCCUUUAGAUUAAAUGUCCGGUGUCUGGUCUACUUCAGUCUGGAACAAGUCUUCAUUUUUUCUUGACUUUUACAACCUUGGCACUUUUGAAUAUUACAGGCUAAUUUUGUACAACAGCCCUCAUUGUGAGUUUUGUCUGAUACUUCUUCAUGAUUAGAUUCAGGUUAUACAUCUUUGGCAGGGAUGUUACAGAAGUGAUGCUGUGUUCUUUUUAUUUUUUUUUUUAAAGAUUUUAUUUGACAGAGAGACAGCUAGAGAGGGAACAUAAGCAGGGGGAGUGGGAGAGGGAGAAGCAGGCUCCCCGCUGAGCAGGGAGCCCGAUGCCGGGCUCGAUCCCAGGACUCUGGGAUCACGACCUGAGCAGAAGGCAGACACUUAACGACUGAGCCACCCAGGUGCCCCGUGAUGCUGUGUUCUUAUUGCAUCCUAUCGUGAGUUUGUAAUUUUGAUUUGUCCUUUUUCUGUUGGUGUUUACUUAUAUCACUGAAUAAGUGGUGUCUGUCAGUCUUCUCCACAGUAAAGCUAUUCUUUGUAGGUUUAUAAUUAUUUUGUGGGAUGGUAGCUUCAGCGUACUACUCUGUUUCUCAUCAAACUUCCAACUUAUUUAUAUCUUUAUUGAUUCAUGAUUUUCUAUUUUAUUCAGUGGGUUAAAAUCUAUUACUUGUAUUACUCUGAUGCUUACAAUUUUUCUUGAUUUGGCUAGGGGAAAACCCUUUUAGGUGGCUUCCAUGUCCUGUUGACCUGUCCCAUCAUUAUUUGAGUAAGUUCUUAUUUUCUGGCACAAGUUGAUACUAGGCUUAUGCUUUCCCUGCCCUAGGUCAAGAAUAAGCCACGUUUUUAAGGUCUCCUGCUUCUCUUAGAUGGAAAAUGGUAUUUAGAAACCAAGAUUUGGGGGCGCCUGGAGAAGCCUGCUUCUCCCUCUCCCACUCCCCCUGCUUGUAUUCCCUCUCUCGCUGUGUCUCUCUCUGUCAAAUAAAUCAAUAAAAUCUUAAAAAAAAAAAAAAAGAAACCAAGAUUUGUGUGCUAGUGAGCAAUUGCUAUUGGGUGUGUAUAGUGCUUAUAUGUACAGCUGUGUUUAUUUCUAUAUAUUGAAAACCAUGAGUUUACACUUAAACUUUCAUGUCUAAUCCCAUGGGGUUCAAUUUUCUUUUCUCCCUUUCUAUAUUUAUAACAACAGUGAAAAGUCUGAUUUCUAUUAUCCUCAAUAUAUUUGAUUGCCUAUUCUAGGUCAUCUCACAUGAUUGCCUUCCUUACUCUGCUCAGGCUCCAACACCCUGCGGCAAACAGGGAUAUCCUCACCUGCUUGGACCUGAACACACCCCGUUGUGGGCCACUGAAUCCCUGCCAUACUCUUUGGCAAAGAGGCUAUCUUGUUCACUUUAACCAAUAACUUCAGGAAUAAAUUGUUGGGGAAGAGCCUUUUUUAAUUGGCUUCUCGACUUUCAAAGAAACUCAUAUUUUGAAUAAGCACAGUAAAGUUAACUCUUCUGUUCAUAGUUUUGUGAAUUUUUAGCAUGUAGAUUCUGUUCAUAGUUUUGUGACUUUUAACAUGUAGAGGUAUCUGUAAGCACCUUCAAAAUCAGGAGAUUGAACAGUUAAGUUUUUUUUUUUUUUUUUUUAAGUGAACUCUCUACCCCACAUUGGGCUCAAACUCAUGACCCUGAGAUCAAGCAUUGCAUGCUCUUACCAGCUGAGCCAGCCAGGCGCCCCAAGAGAUUUAAUAGUUUAAUCACUACAAAAACUUAAAAUACUCUCUCUUUGUAGUCAUAGCCUCAAACCCUGGAAACCACUGAUUAAGACUGUCUUUAUAGUUUUGUCUUUUCAAGAAUGUUCAUCAGUGGAAUCAUAUGUAAUCUUUUUUUCUUAAAGGUUUAUUUAUCCACUCUGGAGAGAGAGAGGGCGGGGAGGCAGGGCGGAGGGGCAGAGGGAGAGAAUCCCUAAGCGGACUCCCCGUCAAGCACGGAGCCCGCUGUGGGGCUCAAUCCCUUGACCCAUGGGACGCUACCUGAGCGGAAACCAAGAGUCAGAUGCCCAACCGACUGAGCCACCCAGGCACCCUAUAAUGUUUUUUAUUUAUUUUUAUUUUUAUUUUUUUUAAAAGAUUUUAUUAUUUAUUUGACAGAGACACAGCGAGAGAGGGAACACAAGCAGGGGGUGUGGGAGAGGGAGAAGCAGGCUCCACGCAGAGCAGGGAGCCCGAUGUGGGACUCGAUCCCAGGACCCUGGGAUCAUGACCUGAGCCGAAGGCAGUCGCUUAACCGACUGAGCCACCCAGGCGCCCUAUAAUGUUUUUUAAAAAACAGAUUUAUUGAGAUGUAAUUCACAUACCAUACAUUUUACCAAUUUAAAAUAUAUAAUUCAGUGAUUUUUAGUAUAGUCAUCUAUUAAACCAUCACCAUAGUCAGUUUUCAUUUUCAUCACCUCAAGAAACCCCGUACCUUUUAGCUUUCAACUCCCUCUCCCUCUACCCCCAACCAAGUGACCACUAAUUUGUUUUCUAUCAUAAAUUUCUCUCUUCUGGACAUUUCAUAUACAUUGAAUCAUAAUGUGGUCUUUUGUUACUGGCUGCUUUCACUUAGCACAUGUUUUAGUGGUUCAUUCAUGUUCUAGUAUGUCACUAUUUCAGUCUUUCUGUAUGACUGGAUAAUAUUCCAUUGUAUAUUUGCCACACAUUAAUCCAUUUGUCAUUUGAUGGACAUUUGGGAGGUUUCUGCCUUUUGGCUAUUAUGAAUAAUGCUGCUAUAAACAUUCAAGUAGGGGCACCUGGGUGACUCAGUUGGUUAAGCAUCUGCCUUCGGCUCAGGUCAUGAUCUUGAAGUCCCUGGAUGGAGCCCCAAGUUGAUCUCUGCUCAGCGGGGAGCCUGCUUCUCCAUCUCUCUCCCUGCCCCUGCCCCCCGUGCACCUGUGUGCGUGCUCUGUCUCUCAAAUAAAUAAAUAAAAUCUUUAAAAAAAAUAAACAUUCAAGUACAAGGUUUUUUUUUUUUUUAAGAUUUAUUUAUUUGACAGAGAGACACAGUGAGAGAGGGAACACAAGCAGGGGGAGUGGGAGAGGGAGAAGCAGGCUUCCUGCUGAGCAGGGAGCCCGAUGUGGGGCUCUAUCCCAGGACCUUGGGAUCAUGACCUGAGCCGAAGGCAGGUGCUUAACGACUGAGCCACCCAGGCGCCCCUCAAGUACAAGUUUUUAUGUGUAUGUAUAUUUUUAUUUCUUACCUAGGAAUAGAAUUUCGAGUUAUAUGGAAACUAUGUCUAAUCAUUUGAGGAAUUUCUAGAUUGUUUUCCAAAGUGGCUAUACCAUUUUACAUUCCCACCAUUAGUGUAUGAAGUUUCUAAUACCUCCACAUCUUUGCCAACACUUGUUACAUGAUUUUUAAAAUUUUAGCCAUUCUAGUGGAUAUGAAGUGGUAUCACACUGUGGUUUUGUGUUUCCCUGAUGACUAAUUAUGUUGAGCAUCUUUCCUUGUGCUUAUUGACCAUUUAUGUAUCUUCCUCGGAGAAAUGUUUAUUCAAAUCCUUUGCCCAUUUUUUAUUGGGUUAUCUAUUACUGAGUUGUAAGAGUUCUUUAUAUAUUCUGUACACAAGUCUCAUAUAUAUUAGUUGCAUAUAUUUUCUUCUAUUGUGUAGGUUUUUUUCAUUUUCUUUUUUUUAAAAGAUUUUAUUUAUUUUUUAGAGAGUGAGCGAGAGAGAAACAGCAUGAAAGGGGAGAGGGUCAGAGGGAGAAGCAGGCUCUCCGCCGAGCUGGGAGCCCGAUGUGGGACUCGAUCCCAGGACCCUGGGAUCAUGACCUGAGCCAAAGGCAGACGCUUAACCAUCUGAGCCACCCUGGCACCCUUUUUCAUUUUCUUGAUGGUGUCUUUUAAAACAUGAAUGUUUUAAAUUUUGAUGUAUUCUAGUUCAUCAUGCUUUUGGUGGACCAUGCUUUUGGUAUCAUAUCUAAGAACUCUGUGUAACCCCAGGUUAUGAGGAUUUUUUCCAAUGUUUUCUUCCAAAAGUUUUACUAUUGUAUGUUUUACAUUUAGAUCUAUGACCUAUUUUAAGUAAUUUUUUGUGUAAGCUGUGUAAUAUAGGUGGAACUUCAUUUUUUUGCAUGUGGAUAUCUACUUGUUUCAAAAUAAUUUGUUGAAAAGACUGUCCAUUCUUCAUUAAAUUGCUUUUGCAUUUUUGUCAAAAAUCAA